UGAAAGUCAAAGUCGGGUAUAAAAGCCGCUUCAGUCAGCAGCUUCCUCCACACAUCAGACGAGAUCGAGCAGCUCCUCCAGCCAGAAAAGAUGAAUGCAAACAUCAACAACGUUUCAACCACUGGAGCUUCGGCUCAAACCGCCCGGCAGGACCGGCUGGGAGUGUCAGGUGUGGCUGCAUCCCAUGCCAUGGCAAAGACCGACGCUGGCAGAAUGGCGAGAUAUAAGAACAUCAUCAAGGCGACGGGACAGAAGCACGGAGUUGAUCCAGCUCUGAUCGCUGGCAUCAUCUCCAGAGAGUCCAGGGCCGGAAACGUCCUGCAGAACGGCUGGGGGGACCACGGGAACGCCUGGGGACUGAUGCAGGUUGAUGUCAACCCGCAUGGAGGCGGACACCGCGCUGUGGGAGCCUGGGACAGCGAGGAGCAUCUCUCCCAAGCCACAGGGAUCCUCACUCACUUCAUUCAGCGGAUUGAGAAGAAAUUCCCACAAUGCACCAAGGAGCAGCAGCUGAAAGGAGGCAUCGCCGCCUACAACGCUGGAGACGGACGAGUGCACUCCUGCGAAAACGUGGAUGCUAACACCACAGGCAAAGACUACGCCAACGACGUGGUCGCCAGAGCUCAGUGGUACAAGCAGCAAGGUUACUAGAGGCUCUGCAAAAGCUCCAGUAAAAGCCUCAUGUCACGAUUCAAAAUAGAUACAAUCUGGUACGAGUCAGCCUCCAUCCCGAUCAGAAACACUUUCAGACUUUGGAGCAGAGUCAAACCGAUCCCACUCCUCUCCUGGGAAUUCAUCUACACCGGAUAGCCGCGCCCCUCAGAGAUAGAAACUUGUUGAUUCAGUUUUGACUUGAAUAUUUCAGACCUAAAGCCUCUGUCGUGGUAAAGACCAUGAAGACAACAGUAGAGUCGUUGGAGAUGGAUGGAAAACGUGCAUCUCCACCCCGUUGAUCAAUCCAUCCAUCACGAGUCACUUUAAGAUACUAGAAUAGACGAUGAUGCUGAUAAAGUCCAGACGGUGAUGGCGCCGGUGACACAGAAAUAAAACACCAUCGUCGACAUACCGAAACUCUUCGACCGCUACAGGUCAAAACCCGGAGGAGUCAUUCGUUUUGCUGUGACUUUUUAAUUUCUUUUAUUUUUUUUAAUGAAAACUAAACAAAUUCCAGUUUAACAUAAAUAGAAUGUUGACCAAAUGUGUUCUGCUGUGCUAGAAGCUGAGUUCUCCUUCACAUUUUGUGGACAUUUCUAAAUAAACUGAAAGCUUUAAAACGA